CGCACAGCCGGCAUGCCUCGUGUGAAGCAAACUGGAAGAAAUAUGUUGUUCGUCAUAGCUGUUGUCAGUGUUUAUUUGGCAUUGGUCAUCAGUCCAACGGACUCCACUGCAGACUCAUCAUAUGUUGCCGCUGUGUACGAGCACAAAGUAAUCCUGAACCCAGGCCCCCGCACACCCGUGUCCCGCCACGAAGCUCUGCAGCACAUGCAGAAAAACCUGGAUAUCUACGAGGAGCAGGCAGCCCGGGCAGCCCAGCAAGGUGCUCAGAUCCUGGUGUUUCCAGAAGAUGGUAUUCAUGGAUUUAGCUUCACUCGACCAUCCAUCAUUGGCUACCUGGAAACCAUUCCCAACCCUCAGGAGGAGAGCUGGAAUCCGUGCACAGAGCCGGAAAGACACAACAACACUGAGGUUCUCCAGAGAUUGAGCUGUAUGGCUCAUCAUAACAACAUCUACCUGGUGGCCAACAUGCUCGACCUACAACCCUGUCCCCUGAAGACCAGCCCCUCCUCCACCUGUCCUCCUGAUGGGCGCUGGCAGUUCAACACAAAUGUGGCUUUCAGGUCAGACGGCCUUCUAAUUGCACGCUACCACAAGCAAAACCUUUUCUUUGAGCAAUCCUUUGACACACCUCCAGAAGUUGAAGUCAUAACAUUUGAUACACCUUUUGCUGGGAAGUUUGGCCUCUUCAUCUGCUUUGACAUCCUCUUUCAUGAUCCUGCAGUGGUGCUGGUGGAGAUGGGUGUGCGUCAGUUGAUCUUUCCAACAGCGUGGAUGAAUGCGCUCCCCCUGCUGGAUUCAGUUCAGUUUCACAGUGCAUUCAGUCUGGGUGCCAACGUCACUCUACUAUCUGCCAACAUUCGCAAUGAUCAACGCAUCAUGAAAGGAAGCGGUAUCUACACCCCCUUUUCUGCCACCUACCACCAUGCCUGGAAGGGAGACCCAGAGGAGGGCAGGCUGCUGGUGGCCAGAGUGCCAGUUUUGGAGCCACUGGAGGUAAAACAAAGUGCAGCCAAAGAGGUGGAGGCUGGUGGUGUUGAGUCUGCAUCAUCAGUGGCUACAGACUCUGGACGCUGUCAUCAAGACAGCUGUGAUGAUCACUCUCCUGAUUCGGUCCAUCCCUCUCACUCCACCUUCAUCUCAUUCAUGUUCCACGACCCGUUUACGUUUGUCCUCUUAAACGAGACACAAGGUGACGUUAAAGUGUGCAACGGCACUUUCUGCUGCCGCCUGCAGUACAGGUGGUUACUGCAAGACCAUAAAGAGCUCUAUGCUCUCGGUGCAUUUGCAGGACUGCACACCGUUGAUGGACGUUAUGCACUGCAGGUUUGUGCAGUAGUCCGUUGUGCAGGGUUGGAUCAGAACUCCUGUGGACAAGUAGUAGAAGAUGCAGAGUCAAAAAUGGACUUCCUGUUGGCGGGGAACUUUGACACCAAAUACGUGUACCCAUCUAUUCUGACAAGCCGAAUGUUCCUGGAGCAGCCCGAGAGUCUGCAGAAAGCUCCAGACGGGAAAGUGACCAUGAAACAUUCAAACAUGAAGGGUGGCCUGGUCACCACCUGCCUGUAUGGACGAAUGUACCACCUGGACAAUGAAUAAAGUUUGGAGGGAUCAGGAAAAUAAAGUUCAGUGUUAUGGAUAAGAGCUGUUCUGUGUUCUCCAUCUGUAUCCAUUCCCUUCUACUUAUGCUUAUCAGGGUAGGCUGGAGUCUGUCCCAGCUAAAGGAAAACAAAUGUCUUUAGUCAUCUGUUACUUGAUCUUUUCUGGGUGUUCCUUUCUCAAGGCACAAAUUAUAAGGAAGAGAAUAUUCAAAUGAAUCAUUCAAAUUGA